CUGGUAAAUAUCUUACCUAUAUUCCGCGUUUACCAAGAAAUAUUCGCAAGGUUACUUUUCUUAAUGGAAAUAUUGGAACAUUAUCAGAAGGAAGGAUUGCAAACCUAGCUUUCAAUGUUAUCUCUGAGCUUAGUUUUAUCAACAACACCAUAGUUCGACUUGAGCCUGAUACAUUUUCUACUUUCAUGAAAAUAAAGUCAUUGACCAUCUCAUCCGAACCGUCAUUGCUAGCAACAGAUGUAAUGAAUGCGUUGAACAAAAUGAAAACUGAACAUUUGAAGUCACUCAACAUAUCAGACAACGAUUGGAGUUUUCUUCCAGAUGACAUGUUUAAGGCAAUAAAAAAGGAUAGAAUUCAAAAUAUUAACCUCAAAAGAAAUAGUCUUCAGCUGUUAAAUUUCUCAUGGUUUUCAAAUAUGCCUCACUUGCGUAUUUUGAGAGUCAGUUUUAAUAAAAUUUCAACAAUUAUACAAGACAGUAUUCUCAACCUGAACAAACUUUAUCUCGACAGUAAUGAAAUAACAAAAUUUCCGAAGUUUUGUAUAAAUCAUGGGAAUAAGAGUGCACUUCCAAAUUUAAGACAUUUAUCCCUUAGCAAUAAUAAAAUUGGAUAUGUUGGAGAAUUUCGAUGUUUUCCGAGGCUCAACUCAUUAAAAAUUGGCGACAAUUCGAUCGGUAGAAUUGACUACAAUACCUUUGCCGAGUUAAAAGAAUUAACUAAUCUCAGUCUACAAGCUAUAGGAAAACCAUUGAAAAAAAUUGAAGAUGGGGCUUUUAAUUUACCGUCAUUAAAAAUGUUAUCGCUCCGAGAUUGUAAUUUUCAUUUUGAUCGUCUAUCACCGUCGGCACAAAGUUGUAUGCUGUCAAACUGCAAUCAUUUAAGAUUCCUUGAUCUUUGCGGGAAUCAUUUGAAUUCAAACAUUUUAACAAGGAUAAUAUCACAAUUGCAACAGUUAAGAUAUCUUAAUUUGGAAAACACUAGACUUGGCUUUUUGCCAAACAACGUAUUUUCUGAACUGCCAGUUAUAGAAACGCUUAUCAUGAACAUGAAUCGAAUAUAUGGAUGGGACAGAGAUGUGUUUGCUCAUUUGACAUCUCUGCAAUAUUUAGAUCUAAGCCAUAAUUUGAUCAAGAUAGUAAACGAAUCAUCUUUUCCAACUGCGUUACUUGCAAAUUUGAAAAAGAUAAGUCUAGCAACAAAUCAAUUUGCUUGUACUUGUGAACAGAUAUGGUUUGUCAAUUGGUUACGGCAUACCAAUAUAACGCUUUUAGAAUACCCAAAACGUUAUUAUUGUUCUACACCAGGCAAUUAUAAUGUGAAAUUGUUGAAAGAUUACAAACCUUCAUAUUUGUCGUGCAACUUAAUCGUUACGAUUGCAAUUUCAAUGGCUGCAUUUGUUUGCCUGUUUAUAUCGAUUAUGACAAUUUUCUUGAAAUGUAAUACAAAUAUUAAGAAUUUGUUAUACCUUCUCAAAGUUAGACAGUUUAGACGACAGGGUUAUCUUCCCAUUUUGAAUAGCGAUGAUUAUGAAUAUCACGCUUUUGUUGUUUACUGUGAUGAAAACCGAAUAUGGGUUCAUGACGACUUUGUCAAAAAACUUGAAAAUGAAGAGGGAUUUAAGUUUUGCAUUUACCACAGAGACUUUGAUGUUGGGGAAUCUGUCAGUGCAAACGUUGAUAAAUACCUUAAAAUGUCGUGGAAGGUUGUUGUUAUAAUUUCAAAUGCAUUUGCUAAAAGCGAAUGGUGUCAGUGGGAAGUCGAUAUAAUUCAGGAGAGAAGACGUCGACAAGGCAGAAAUGCACUUCUGUUAGUAAUGCUUGAAAAUCUCACCUCGAAAAACAUGACAAGUCCUCUCCGUACUUUACUAGACAGUACUUCGCAUCUGAAGUACAAAAAAGGAUUCGGUGAAAAUUUAUUUUGGACUGCCGUAAUUGAAGAUCUUCGAAAAGCCGUCGGACAGCCCCCAGUUUCUGAAUUAUAGAAUGUAAUUGAACUUUUGGUUGGUUGUACAAAAAAAUUUAAUUUGUGCCAAUGUCAGACUAUGUCUAUAAAUUGUUUAUUCUUUAUCUUUCAGUUAAGUUUUAGUUACUG